AUGGUUGGUUUGUGGGGGGUGGGGGGUGGGGGUUGGUGUGAUUGUUAUUUUGUUGGAUUUUGGGGGGUGGUGGAGGGUUGUUGGGGUUGUGUGUGUGGGGUGGGGGGUUGGGGGGGGGGGUUUGGGGUUUUGAGUGGGGGGGUUUGUGUGUGGGGGUGUGGUUGGUGGUAUGUGUUGUUGGAUUGGGUUGGUGGGGGUGAUGGUGGUGGGUGGGUGUGGGGGGGGGGUGGGGUGUGUGGGGGUGGGGGGUGGGUGGGGUUGGGGUGUGUUGGUGGUUGGGGUGGUUGUUUGAGGUGGUUUUUGGUAGGGGGUGUGGGGGUUGGGGGUUUUAUUGGGGGAGGGGGGGGGGUGGUAUGGUGGGGGGAUAAAUGGGGGGGGGAGGAGAGGAGGGGGUAUGAGAGGAUGUGGGUUUUUGGAGGGGUUUUGUGUGGUGUGUUUUUUGGGGUGUUUGGGUGGGGGGGUGGAGUGUAG